AAAGUUCGGGGCUUGGCUUCCGGUGUGUCGCCACCAGGGGGCGCAGCCCGGGGGAGGCUCAACCCAAACCGUCCGCUCCGCUUUUCCCUCGUACCAUGAGUUGAAUCUGUCCGGGACAGAGCAGGGAAGAUGGCGGCCACUGACCAUUCCCGGUCCGAAGCUGCCAAACAGCGUCGGCAGGAUCAGCUGCAGCGAUGGCUGGGCUCGGACACGGAUCGGACGGGAGCGGAGGCGCGGGAGACCUCGAGCGGUUCCGGGACGCGGCGCGCAAAAGUCCGGUUCGCCCAGGGAGCCGUGUUCAUGGCAGCCUGCUCCGCCGGGGACCGGGAGGAGGUGGCGGCGCUGCUCCGCCAGGGCGCUGACAUCAACCACGCCAACAUAGACGGACUGACAGCGCUGCACCAGGCCUGCAUCGACGAAAACGCUGAGAUGGUGCAGUUUCUGGUGGAGAGCGGCAGCGACGUCAACAGAGGAGACAACGAGGGCUGGACUCCGCUGCACGCGGCAGCGUCCUGCGGCUUCAUCCAGAUCGCUAAAUACCUGAUAGAGCACGGUGCACGAGUUGGAGCAGUCAACAGCGAAGGGGAGCUUCCGCUGGAUGUGGCCACAGAAGACGCCAUGGAGCGGCUGCUCAAAGCCGAAAUCAAGAAGCAAGGAAUCGACGUGGACAGCGCUCGAAAAGAGGAGGAGAGGGUCAUGCUCCAGGAUGCCAGGGCGGUGCUGGCAGGAGGUGGUACUCUCACACCUCACCCAAAUACCAGGGCAACCGCUCUGCACGUCGCCGCUGCCAAAGGCUACAUCGAGGUCCUGAAGGUGCUUUUACAAUGCGGGGUGGACGUGGACAGCAGGGAUGUAGACGGCUGGACCCCCCUGCACGCUGCAGCUCACUGGGGACAGGAGGAAGUGUGCUCCCUGCUCGCUGAUCACAUGUGCGAUAUGGCCGCCGUCAACAACGUGGGCCAGACACCUCUAGAUGUUGCAGAUGAGAACCUCACGGAUGGGCUGGAGGAGCUGCAGAAGAAACAGAACGCUUUACGCAGCGAGAAAGAGAAACAGAACCCUGUUAUUGAGACCAGUCCUCAGAUCGCCAUGGUACCGGUCCGCAUACGCAGGACUUCUAUCUCUCGUAUGAGCAGCAAGGAGAAAAUCUGCCUCCACGAGCGGGAGAAGCACCCACCUCCGGCCCUGCAAAGCAGCCCGGCAGAGGAGGAGGAGGAGGAGGGCCAGACGGGGCAGAGUCAGAGCCAGACCCAGAGCCAGGCGAAAGCCUCCAGCAGCUCCAGCUCGGAGGACGAGAGCGAAUCCGAGAGCGAUGCAGAGUCAGAUAAAGCGAAAAACCGAGAGAUCAUCAACAACUUGAACAACAAACGCAACACCAGCAGCCUGCUUCCUACCUCCAUGUCAACGAGUACCGUCACAAGCCAGGUCAAAAAGGAACCAAGCAAACCUACGGCCACCGAGGCUCCUGGAUCGUGGAGGACGUCUUUGAGGAAGGCAGGCAGCUCAGUGACUCUGGGCUCAGUCGGACUGUCUGACUCCAGCCAGGACUCCAGCCGACCUGCAGAGUCGGGCCUGGGAAUGACCCGCUCUGCCUCCAGCCCUCGUCUCAGCUCUGAGGACACGAAGGAGCCGAGGCUCGCUCGGGUGCCCCCCAUUUCGACGCGGAAGCUCUUUAGUAUACCAGACAGCAGCCCUGACAACUCCAACAGUUGGCUAAGCCGUAGCUCCUCUUACACCCGGCGCCUUCAUAGUCAAUCAGGGAAUGACAUCACUAGCUCCUCCCCCUAUUUGCUUCACAGCUCAUCUUAUGGAAAGAGACUGGAUGAUCCCACCAUGACCUCAGGUAGCACAGGAACGAGCUCUGCUGGACUCAGCCGUCUCAACAGCGUCCUGGCACAAAGACUUCCUCAGGAACAGACAGAGAAGAAGGAUCAGCCUGCCGUCACAACGUCCAGUUCUCAGAGCACAACUGCGGGCGAGCAGGAGACUAAGCAGAGGCGCAAGUCAUAUCUGACGCCAGUGAGGGAUGAAGAAGCGGAGGCACAAAGGAAGGCUCGCUCCCGACACGCCCGUCAAUCCCGCCGCUCCACUCAGGGGGUGACACUAACAGAUCUUCAGGAGGCAGAGAAGACCAUGAAGAUGGACAAUAAGGGGAAAGAAAAGAAGGAAGAGGAAGAGAAGGACAAAGAGAAGGAGGCAAAACCGAAGAAGUUAGACGAGGGGGAAGUCAGCUGGAGGUCUCGGAUAGCCAGCCUGCAGAAGUCUGACCUUCUGGGUCUCACACAGCCGGCUGGAACACCACGCCCUCAGACGGCUGACCGGAGAGAUGUUGAGUCCAGCACAGGGGAGAGUGAGACCGAGCGAUGGGCCAGGGAGCGCAGGGAGAGGAGACAAGCUCGGGCCAGAAGGAAGGGACUGAAGACCGGAGAGAAUGACGACAAUGAUCCCAGUGGAGAGGAAGAGUUCUCAGGAAGUGGGCUGGAUCCUCAGUCUGACCAACAUAUGGGUUUCAGGUCUGACAGAUCUGGUACGGACCCUGCACAGAGAGGACAAUGUGAGACCAAGGACUUUAAGAAGUUGUUUGAGGAGGUCUCCCGAGAAAACAGCCAGCUCCAGUCUCAGCUGCACGACACUCAGAGGAUCGUCAAUCAGACCAGGUUGGACCUGGAAAAGGCCACGCAGAGACAGGAGCGCUUCACUGACUGUUCAGCCCUGCUGGACCUGGAGAGAAAGGACCGGAGGAUGUUGGAGCGGCGAAUGGCAGAGCUGGAGGAGGAGCUGAAGGUUCUGGUUGACCUGAAAGCAGACAACCAGCGUCUUAAAGAUGAAAAUGGAGCACUGAUCCGUGUCAUCAGCAAACUCUCCAAAUAGAUAUGGAGAGAGACAUGAAGAGCAGGGACCCCCCCCCCCUCCAUCCACACAUUCCUCCCAGUGCCAAAGAGCGAGAGAAAGGGGGGGAGCAGAUGAGCCCCGCAGCUUGACUUGGAUUGUGAUGCUGCUCUGAACAGCUGGAGUGGCUUUUGUGUGCCUCGAUGCCCGUCUGUCACAGAAACCCGAAGGCAUGUUAAGCCUGUGGCUUCGGCCAGAGGCUCCCACAGUAGCAAACAUGAGACUUGACAGCAGCCAGAAUGUCCGCGGCUGGUGCAACACGCAACACACUACGUGUACUAUGACGGUGCAUCAGGGGAACACUGAGAUGCACACACAUUCCUAUGCGUGCAUCCAAUACUUCCUCGGUGCACAUUCCACUGAGCGCGUAAGGCAGCAUUGGCCUUAAAGCUCCCACUUAGUAUUUAUUUAUGAACAUUUUGUGAACUCACUCACGUCACACAUUUACAUUUUUCCCCACUCACCGUUCAAAUUCGACGAACAGUAAAGGUUUUGGUGUAUUUGUUUUUUUUUUUUUAACUCUACACAUUUGAAGCUCUUUUUUCAGGCUCGGUUUUUAUACUCAGCUGUGUUUUUUUUGACACGGGGAAGUCCAUGAAGCUCUGUGGGGUUGCUUUGCUUUCACAUUCAAGCGUUUGAACCCACCUACCUCUCCACCUAUGCACUUCCCCACAAACAUUUUGGUUUUUGUGACACACUCCAUGCUCUUAAAAAAAUGGCCGCAGAACCAGGUCAGUUGAACACAGCACUUUACUUUUUUCUAAAGCAAUGAAAGUUAUGCAAGGCUUUGCCCGUCCUGACACACUUCGGAACAGCACCUUCUCACCUGGUAAGUGAGGGAGAGGUUUCCCAUUGCUGUAGGUCAAAGGUCAUUGCACAAUGUAUGAAAACUAUUGCUGUUUUCUCAAAGCCUAUUGUGCUAUAAGUGAUUUUAAUUAUUACCAUUGAAAAGAUAUUUUCAUAGUUCUUUCUUGUCAAUUCCUCUCUAACACGGGAACAUGGUUAUAUGUGUACAAACAUUAGUCUUGAAUACCCUUUUGAAGUACAUUUCCAUGUAGCCUGUCUUCACAUUUUGGUUUUCUAAUAUAUUAAAUGGCUGUCUGCACCAUAAUAAAAGUGUGUUUGUA